AUGAUACAGCUAUCGUCAUCUUCAUUACCUAAAUCAUCAUUUAUUAAAUCAUCUUCCUCUUCAGCAACAAAUACUACUACAAAUAUAUCAAAUUCAUCAUCACAAAUAACAUUAAAACAACAAAUCAAAAAACCAACAUCAUCUUCAUCUAUUAAAUCUGAUUUACUUAAAAAUGGUUGUAGUGAAGAGCAAGAUGAAACGAUAAUAAAAUUACCUUUAUUAACAUCUCAAAAUUUGAAUAAAACUCAAGAAAUGGAUCAAUCAACUUCAAAUGAAGUCAAUAAUCGUAUGCCAUCAACUCCUACAUCAUUUAAAGGAUCUAAUACAGAUUAUACUAAUGAAACGACUCCUUCAUCUAUAGAUGAUAAUAAUCAAGUUGCACAAAGUUUGAAGUUACCAAAUGAUAAUGAACUUACCACGGCCAAAUUAUCAUUAGAUAUAGAUCCAUUAAAUACCACCAAUUCAACUAUUCAUCAAGAUAUACCCAAAAAUACAAGAAGACAUACAUCACCAGUUUUAAAAAAAUUAGAUAAAACAAUUUCCUUAUCAAGACAUUCAAUCCAAAUUGAGAAACCAACAGCAAGAUCAACAUACCCACAAUUUUCACAAGACGUUCCCGUUUCAAAUGAAAUACAACUAUUGAGAGACAGUUUUGUUCAAAAACGAAAUAUUAGAAAAUUUUAUGAAGAUGAAACUGUAUUGGGUUCAAAAGUAACUGAGGGUCAUGAUAAUUUUGUAAUGGCUUACAAUAUGUUAACUGGAAUUAGAGUUGCAGUAUCACGAUGCUCAGGAGUUAUGAAAAAAUUACAAGAUUCAGAUUUUCAUUCAUAUAAGAAAUUAACUUUUAAUACUGAUGGUUCUGAAUUAACACCAAGCUCAAAAUAUGACUUCAAAUUCAAGGACUAUUGCCCUGAGGUGUUUAGAGAGCUCAGGGUAAUAUUUGGAAUAGAUCCAGCAGAUUAUUUAAUAUCAAUAACUGGUAAAUAUAUUUUAAGUCAAUUAAAUAGUCCUGGGAAAAGUGGUAGUUUUUUUUAUUAUUCCAGAGAUUAUAGAUUUAUUAUUAAAACAAUCAAAAGGUCAGAGAAGAAUGUAUUAUUACGAAUUUUGAAAGAUUAUCAUAGUUAUAUAAAAACUCAUCCCAAUACACUUAUUAGUCAAUUUUUUGGACUUCAUAGAGUUAAAAUGAGAGGUCGUAAGGUUCAUUUUGUGGUCAUGAAUAAUUUAUUUCCACCACAUUAUGAAAUUCACGAAAAAUUUGAUUUAAAAGGUAGUUUAUGGGGCCGUCUCACAACUAAUGGUUCAACUUUGAAGGACCUUAAUUAUUUACAACAAAAUAAAAAAAUCAAGUUUGGUCCUGAAAAGAAACGAUUAUUUUUCCAACAAAUUGAAUCGGAUGUAAAUUUAUUAAAAAAAUGUAAUGUUAUGGAUUAUUCAUUACUUUUAGGUAUUCAUGAUGUAACAAAAGGAAAUACAGGAGAUAUAAAUCAAAAAUUAUCAGUUUUUGAACCAAAAUCAUCAGAUAAAGCAGCAAUUAUAAAUACAAAUCCAAGAGAUUUAAAUAGAACUGAAGAUUUACCAAAUGAUGUAUUUCCAGGACGGUCAAAAUAUGUAUUUUAUGGUCAUAAUGGAGGAAUUAGAGCUACAAAUUGUGAUAAUGAACCUAUAGGUGAGAUUUAUUAUAUGGGAAUAAUUGAUUGUUUAACACCUUAUUCAUGUAAAAAGAAAUUGGAAACUUUAAUUCGAUCAAUUGGUCAUAAAAGAAAUGAAAUUCUGGCAAUACCUGCAAAAGAAUAUGGAGAUAGAUUUGUUAAAUUUAUUAAAGAUGGGACAUCAAAUACUAAGAGGAAAAUUGGUUAA